GUUUAAUUUAACUUUAAUUUAGUUUCUACACUUGAUUGGUAACAUUUUUUAAUUGUUAGAAAUUAAAGUCUAACAAAAACAUAGAAAUUGAAAGGGAAAACCCAAAAAUCUAUUGUAAUGUUUUCCAUUAACUAUUAACAUCAAGAUAUUUAUUUAUGUGAUCAUUUGUAUUUUUAUCAGUUUAAUUACAUAUCAUAACUUGUAGUAAUUAAUUUUAAUUGUAUGAGUAAUUAUUUACCUCUUUUCCAUGGUAAUAUCAUAUUCUCCCUCUUUGGUGAAAUUUAUUAUCCAGUCUACAUCAUAAUUACCCUGAUUGUUUUACAUUCUAUUCCAUCAUCAUCAAAACCAUCGGCAUCCAUAAUAUAACAACUUCUGGUUAUUAUAAUGAUUUGAUGAAAGUUAACAUGGUAAUAAUCAAUUGUCGUUAAUUGUUACCAACCAAAGUGCCUCUGAGUUAACAGCCAACCAGAUUGAUGGAUUCUUCCUCCAUUUUCCAAUAUCUUGUUCAUCUUUAAUCAUCCUCAUUAUAAUCCUCACCUUCCAGUUACCAUUUUAUCUUGAAAGAGCCAAAAUUUGUUGCUUCAAAUUAUUGGAAUUAAAUCAAUAUCAAGUUCAAUUACUGUGCCAAUCAAUUAACCACCAGAUUACUAUUUUAUUUUAACCAUUAACUAAUUAGCAAUGGAUAAUUGUGUUCAAAUUAACAUCAAUGGUUUUGAUGGUCCAAAAAAAUGUUGCCUUAUGAUUCAAGGAAUGACAUGUGCCUCUUGUGUUAAGCACAUAGAAAAAUGUGUCAAUAAGUUACCAGGUGUUGAUGGUAUUCUUGUCUCACUUUUAGCCGGUAAAGCCGAAGUCAAAUAUGACCCAAGUAAAACGAAACCAGAGGCUUUAGCUGAAUAUAUCUGCGAUUUAGGUUAUCCCACUGAGGUUAAUCAAGAUUAUAAUGAAAACUCAUCUGAUUAUGAGAUUUCAUUUAUAAUUAAGGGAAUGGCUGCCAAAGAUUUAGAACGAAUUGAAAGUCAUUUUAAAACCAUUAUUGGAAUUAAAUCGGUGGCGCUUUUUUCCAACACAUCAAAAGCCCGAUUCACUUACGAUUCUGAACUAAUUGGUCCUCGUCACAUCGCAGAGGAACUUAGAGUUCAAGGUUACAUCACACAGCCAUGUCAAGAUUAUUGGGGAUCAUUGAAUGUUUCUCUUCUCAAUCAACGAGAAGAGGUUCGAAAAUGGCGAACCUCAUUUUUCUUUAACCUUUUCUUUGGUCUACCCUCGAUGGCCGUGAUGAUGUAUUACAUGUACCAUAUGACCCAAAUGACCGAACAUCAUUCAAUGUGUUGUGUCAUUUCUGGACUUUCACUUGAAAAUCUCCUUCUCUUCAUUCUGGUCACUCCUUGCCAAUUUUUUGGUGGUCGAUAUUUUUACAUUCAAUCAUUUAAGGCGAUUAAAUAUCGAACCGCUAACAUGGACGUUCUCAUUAUGUUAGCCACUAAUAUCGCCUACUUUUAUUCGGUUAUUAUUGUUAUCAUUUUUAUGAUGCGAAAUGUUGACCACAGUCCGAAGACAUUUUUUGAAACCUCACCUAUGCUACUUAUUUUUGUCUCUCUGGGUCGAUGGUUGGAACACAUUGCCAAAGGCAAAACAAGUGAAGCUUUGACCAAGCUCAUGAGUUUACAGCCGAACGAAGCUUGUCUAGUAGAAUGGGAUUUAAAAGAAUCUCGAGUUCUAUCGGAGCAAAUUAUCGAUGUUCAAUUAGUCCAACGUGGUGAUUAUCUUAAGGUCGUUCCAGGUUCCAAAAUCCCAGUCGAUGGUCGUGUUGUCCAUGGACAUUCAAUGACUGAUGAAUCGUUAAUUACAGGUGAAUCGAUGCCUGUUUCUAAGUCAGUUGGAUCAUCAGUUAUCGGUGGAUCGAUUAAUCAGAAAGGAACCUUAAUAUUGUCGGCAACGCAUGUUGGCCGGGAUACAGCUUUGUCUCAGAUCGUUAGACUCGUUGAAGAGGCACAAACACAAAAAGCUCCAAUUCAACAAUUUGCUGAUAAAAUCGCCGGUCUUUUCGUUCCGAUUAUUUUGGCCAUUUCGAUUGUAACUCUGGGUGGUUGGCUAUUGUAUGGCCAUUUCUCCGAAUCAGCUGCAUUAAUAUUUGAUAAUUAUCGUGGUAAAGAGGGUGACAUGACUCGUAAUGAGAUAAUUAAUGUUUAUGCGUUUGAAUGUGCUCUUUCCGUGCUUUCUAUUGCUUGUCCUUGUGCUCUUGGCUUAGCAACACCCACCGCUGUCAUGGUUGGUACUGGAGUUGGUGCUCUCAAUGGUAUCCUAAUCAAAGGAGCUGAGCCACUUGAACUUGCACACAAAGUUAAAUGUAUCAUAUUUGAUAAAACGGGUACAAUAACCGCCGGAGUACCAAGUGUAUCUAAAAUUUGUCUUUUCAUUGAAAAUUUAUUCACCCACAAAGUUACUGUAAACUCACCCGAUCUCCAUGAUUGUUUGAAAAAACUUCUCCUUCUAAUCGGAACUGCUGAAGCUCAUUCUGAACAUCCGAUUGCCAAUGCAAUUUGUGCCUACGUUAAGAGGGUUACCGGUCUAGAUGCAAGUGUCAAAGAUACGAACUCAGGUAAUUCAGGUUGGGGUAAAAUCGAUAAAUUUGUGACUCUACCUGGUCUUGGAUUAUCAUGUAAAGUGUCUCAUAUUGCCAAAAGUGUCAAACAAGACCUUAAAUGUGAAAUAUCAUCUUCCGAUCCCUCGGCAAGAUCAUUUAUACUCAACGGUGUCACCAUCGAUAUGAUUGGCAAGGGAGCUCAUAGUUCAUCUAGUUUGGUAAAUCUAUCAACAUCUGAAACAAUGGUCCCUCAUUUAGGCUCAUCAGACAGUGAAGAUAAUUAUUCUCUAUUAAUUGGGAAUCGAGAAUGGAUGGAACGAAAUGGAUUACAAGUCAAACCUGAAAUGGAACGGGAAAUGGUCUGUGAAGAGGAAAUCGGUUCAACUGCAGUACUUAUCGCGAUUAACGGUAUCAUUUGGGCGACCAUUUCAGUUCGUGAUCAUGUUAAGGCUGAAGCUUCACUGGCCGUUAAAACCCUUUACCUGAUGGGCUUAGAUGUAAUCCUGAUGACCGGUGAUAACGCUAAAACGGCUGAAUCGGUGGCUAAACAAACUGGAAUAAAAAGAGUCUUCGCUGAGGUGUUACCCUCUCAUAAAGUGAAAAAAAUUCAACAGUUACAACAAAAAGGUUUCGUUGUUGCAAUGGUUGGUGAUGGUGUCAACGAUUCGCCCGCUUUGGCUCAAGCAGACAUUGGUAUCGCUAUUUCCAAUGGUACUGAUGUCGCAGUUGAAGCUGCUGAUGUUGUUUUAGUCAAGAAUAAUCUACUUGAUGUCGUAGCUGCAAUUGAUUUGUCUAAAAAAACCGUUCGUCGAAUCCGUUUGAAUUUUUUCUUCGCCUGUGUUUACAAUUUAAUUGGUAUUCCAUUGGCUGCUGGAGUUUUUUCCGGAUUUGGAUUACUAAUUAAACCUUGGAUGGGAUCAAUGGCAAUGGCAGCGUCAUCAGUUUCCGUUGUUACAUCUUCUCUAUUACUCAAAUUAUAUCGUAAACCUGAUUUCACCAAAAUCGAGUCUCGAUACGAAUCCAAGCAAUUACGUCGUCCUAACGGUGGUGCGGCAAUAAUUGGUCCCGAAGUGUCAUUUAUAAAUGUUCAAAAAGGUCUCGAAGACUCUGCCUGUGUAACCCAACGGGAAGCAAAUGGCUCAUCUAGAGCUAUGAACUUAAAUCGAGCUGUUAUCGAGAUGUUACCCAAAACUAACAUAUCGUCAAAAAACAGUUUAAAAGCAAGUGAGAUGGAAAGACAACCACUCGUUUAGGAGACUUAAUUGACCAGAGCAAUUUAAUAGACCAAAUUGAUUAAUUGUCGUCCAUUUGAAUUGAUCAAUCAAUUGUUAUAUCAUUUUUUUGUUAAUGUUUCCAAUUUUUGUCUUCAUCUUUUCGUUACCUAUCAUUGUAAAGUGUUUAACAUCCUCAUCAUCACAUUCAUCACUUCCCAUAGCCAUCAUUAUCACUGUAUAAUGAAUACUAACAAAUUGAUUGAUUGAAAAGUUAUUACAAUAAUUGCCUCUGUUAUAUCAAUAACUAUAUUACUAAAUCAAAACUAUCGUCUGUAUAUUAUUAUGAUUGUAUUGCCAUUUUCAUUGAGUCAUUUGGGACUCAACAAUUUAUUUUUAUCAACAAAAAUUGAAAAUAAAAUAAGUUUAUUACA